AUGGUCGUCUUUAUCGGAUUGAUGCUCGGAAUUUUCUUGUCGUCGCUGGAUCAGACCAUUGUCUCGGUCUGCACCACAAAGAUCGCCAAUGAGUUUAACGGAUUGAACCAGAUUCCCUGGAUCGGAACCAGUUAUCUUUUGACCUCGACCACCUUCCAGCCCUUGUAUGGCAGGGGAAGUGAUAUUUUCGGUAGAAAGACAACAUUCCUGUUCGCCAUUUCAGUCUUCUUGCUCGGUUCUGCUCUUUGCGGUGCUGCCCAGAGUAUGAUCUGGAUCAUUGUCGCCCGCGGUAUUGCAGGAAUCGGUGCUGGAGGCAUCAUGUCGAUGGUCAUGAUCAUCAUUACGGACUUGGUCUCGCUCAGAGAUCGAGGCAAAUACCAGGGCAUCAUCGGAGCAGUCUUUGGUCUGUCUUCCGUCAUUGGCCCCCUUCUCGGAGGUGUCUUCACCGACCAUGCUUCCUGGCGCUGGGCUUUCUACAUUAACCUCCCCAUCGGUGCCAUCACUAUCGCUGCCGUCAUCAAGUUGCUCCAUCUGCCACAUACCAAAGGCUCUUUCAAGGAGAAGCUCAAGCGUGUCGACAUGCUCGGAUCACUGACUUUGGUCAUUGGCAUUGUUCUUGUCCUCCUGCCUCUGAACUGGGGUGGAAGCACCUACGAAUGGGACUCGCCUAUCGUUAUUGGACUCUUCUGUGCGGGCGCCGUUGUCCUGCUGAUCUUCUGCUUGGUCGAGUGGAAGCAGGCCCUUGAACCCAUCAUCCCCUUCCGCCUGUUCAAGAGCCGAACCAACACCGCCGUCUUCUUGACUUCCUUCUUUAUCGGCAUGGGUUUCUUCGGCAUCAUGUUCUUCAUGCCCCUGUACUUCCAGAUCGUUCGCCAGGAAUCAGCGACCUCAUCCGGUUUGGAGAUGUUGCCUUUAAUUGUCGGCCUCUUGAUCGCCUCCAUCUUCUCAGGAUUCAUGGUCUCCAAGUGGGGCCAGUACCGCCCCUUCAUUUGGGUCGGACUUGCACUCUCGACUACAGGCACGGGUCUGCUGACGCUUUUGCACAAGGACACCUCUCGCGGCGCGUUUAUCGGCUAUCUGUUCAUCAAUGGUGCUGGUCUGGGACUCUCGAUGCAGACAGUGAUGUUGGCCAUUCAGUCCUCUGUCGCCACGCGUGAUAUCGCUGUUGCCACCGCGAACGCCACGUUUUUCCGCACAGUCGGUUCGGUCUUGGGAGUCGCCAUUUCUGGCACUGUUUUCAACAAUGGCAUUAAGAAACAUCUUGGCCCUCUGAUCGCCAUAAACCCUGAUAUUAAAAGAGUCAUUUCCGACUCUUACCUGGCGCCGACCUUUGGUCCCGAAUUGGAGGCCCAGAUUUUGGAGGCAUACAUGUUGUCGUUGACAUCGGCCUUCCAGGUCUGCAUCCCCUUCAUGGCCCUUGCGUUCCUGUCCAGCUUGCUGAUUCAGCACCACAAGUUGCGCAAGAACCUGGGACCCACCCCUAUGGAGUAG